AUGUCUCUCCUUCAUAAUGAAGACUUCGCCAUCUGGCAAUUACGCUCCUCAUAUCUUUCCACGAUCAAAGAUGGCAUUGGAGAUCGCUUGAUCAACGUCAAUAACUCGGUUCUGAACACUCCCGGAUUCCGCGCUGCCGGCUGGUCGGCUGUGGUUACCAACGGCACCAGUGCUGCCAGCAUUAAACGCACCUAUUCUCCUCCGAUCCCUACCACAGCAGCUGUCUCCUCCGAAUACUAUCGACUCGCCGUACGAGAUGCAAACGCCGCGCGAGAUGAACUACAAGGCCUUGGUUUGGAAGAAGGCGAGGACGAUGAAGGGGGCAUGGUGACGGGCAAGAGCAACAUGGAUUACACCGGGCGUCGGCUCCAUGCUCGCGGUGGAAAGAAGAAAGGCCGACGCGAACGUCAUCAGCCGGAACCCCAACAACCGGUCGUGCCAGAGGACGAUGAUAGCAGUGAUCUGAGUGAUGACAGCGACGAGGAGGCCGAGAACAUGGACCGGUCCGCCGACCAGAUCAAGUUUCAUAAGAUGCCGAUUCGUCGAGACCGAGCCGAUUCCUCUCCUAUUCGAUCGGCUGAACAGCGCGAACGCCCAGAGGUGAUGAUCACUUCACCGUCAACACAAAACGUGGCCAACCACUACCGUACGGGAUCGCUAGGCACUGCUGUUUCCAACAAGGAGCAGCAACGACCGCGGCGAGAUACUACAACAAGCAGUGAUCUAUCAACUUCCAACGAGGUGGAAUCUCAUGGCUACAAACCCGGGCAGGUGCAAUUCUCGACCACUGAGCAGGUGGGCGAUCGUCCUCGGAGGCGGCGAGAACGUACUGGUAGUCGCGGGGCAGAGAGUAUCGUACUUGAGGACUUACAUGAGCAGGAUGAAGAUUCCGGUGCAGAAUCUGUGGGAUCGGCUAUAUCCUCCGAGUUCGACGCGACAGCUGGCUCAGGCUCUCUGCUGUUGGCCGGAGUGGGCAACAUCGGCGCCUUAGAUGCGUCCUCCCCAAUGGCUCUGAUGCACAAGCUCCCUGCAGGCACUGGGCCUAGCCAAAACAGCUCUCCACGCAAGUCUAAAACUACACCCGCACCGGAGCUGCACGAUCUUCCACCCCCACGACCUAUCAGCACGCUGCAGCCAGUCAGCCUGUUGACGCAACAACUAAAAUCCCGCAAGCGAGCACCGAGUAACCCGGUAGAGAAGUUCAUGGUUCUUUCUGGGAAAGGCCAGGACGAUCCACUGCAUUUGAAGAUCUACGUUCCUUUCUCAUCAGACCCUGAAGAUCCACUUGAUCUUCCCCUCACGCGAGAAUCCAAACUCGCAGAGCAACCUGCCACGGUCACUGUGGCCGAGACCAUCGGUCUUGCACUUUGGAAAUACAACGCAGAUUCGCGUGACCCCUCCAUCAAACGUGAAAAGCUCACCGUCAACCGGUGGACUCUGCGUAUGGUCGAUGAUGGUGAGGUCGAAUACGACUUCCCUGCACUUGGACGGACGCUCCCCAUGACAGACUUCACAUCGAACAACAACAAUGCGGCCAAGGCACGAGGACGUUCACGAGGCAAGCCCUACGAUGAGUUCGCACUCGUGGAGGCCUCCAAGACGGAAUUUGAGGAAAAUGAAAAACUGUACCCGCAGUUCAGUCAAAGCCUCGGGUCUGAAGAGGGUGAACAGACUGCAAGCCUCGCCGUGCCCGGUGCUCCUCAACUUGCUCCGCCAGUCAAGAAUCCCGUGGCACGCCAGAAUCCGAUUCUCGGCCAACCUUUCUCAUCAGCGUUGAAUGACAACACAUUGACGCCCGCCGACCGACCUGUGGUUCCUGUCUCACAUGCUACUCCGCGCCUGGGAGUGUCUAAGACGCUGAAGAUCCGAUUCAUCAAUUUGGAGGCUUCCGCACAUGUCAUGACCCUCAACACAUCCACAGACAGUUACAUCGCAGAGAUCCUGGACUCGGUGUGUAAACGUUGGGGCUUGGACAAGGGCAACUAUCUUCUCAAGGUGAUGGGCUCGAAUACGAUUGCGCCGCUCGACCGUAUGGUGGAGGCAUUGGGUCAUAUCACGGAGCUCGACCUCGUUCGCCGACGUUUCGGGGCUGGUCCUCUUUCCCUCGGCGGCUCACCGGGUAGUUCAUCGCCCAAUGCCCCCUUGCAGGUCGACAGCGGUAACCCAGCGACUGUGAAGAAGGGCAAGAAGAGCGGAAAGCCUAUGCUGCCAUCGUUCUCGCAGAAGCAGGACCUCAUCGGCGGCUACUAUCGUCGGUAUCAUGUCUUCCGUAAGCAACCGAUGACAUUUACUGCCUCAAACCAUCGCAUCUUGACUUUCGAUAACGACUACAUGCAUAUUGUACCCGGUGAGACGGGCAAGACUGGCUCGGAUACCAAAACUCGCUCGAUCAACUUCAACGACGUCGUGGGCUGCAAGGUCAGCCGUCGACACCCCAAGAGUUUUAGGGUAGUGGUGCUUCGGGGCAACGAUGCUUCGGAGCAAAAGCGCUACGAUUUUGAAGCUCGCAAUGCGCUGGAGGCAGACGAGAUCGUAGAAGAGAUCAAGAAGAAUAUGGCUCAUUACCGCAUUUGA